AUGGAUGUGAAUGGCGAGCCGAAGCCCGCCACCCGAUGCCCCGGGUUAAGAGAACAAGUUUCAAACGACGGUCCAAUUGAACAGCCCCAGUUGAGUCACCCCGGGUCAACUUUCGAAGAUGCCAAGAUGUCCACGGAGUCCACCAAUGGAUCAAGAUGUACAAAUCAAUGUAACUAUAGCCUCUCCCGUCACAAUUCCCGCAAAUCCGUGCAAUUCUCUGCCAUUCGCCUGAUCUCUCACCGUUUUUCCAUGUUCAUGUUUUUCUUCCUGUUAUUUUUUUUGUUGGUUCGGACGGGUUCUGCUGCCGCGCUGAAGUCGACUUGCAAAAAAGUCGGUAAGUAUUUUUAUUUUGAUUUUGAAUACGGUAUUACGAAAUGCCCUUAGGCUAGCUGUGAUGUUUGAUUGUCAUCGCAACGUGACUUUUCCCAGCAUUAUUGUAGAAGUGCUAAAAAAGACAAACGGGUCACGUUUAGGGACUAAAUUUGGAAAAUCGCCCGAGGGAUCACAGGAAAUAUUAAAGUACAAAUGCUUCCUGGUCCCACUUUACACUAGCCGUACGCUAUUUUUGUAAACAGCUCCCAAAAUAGGAAUCCAUCGCUGAGAAUUGAUGACGGCCCAAAUCAAAAACCCAUGAAGAUGGAUGACUCCGUCCGCCAAGCCCCAUUCAUCUUGAUUGUUAUUUUUAGGUUACAAAAGUCUUAUCGACGAAACGGGUUGUGAGUUGAUGGCCGUGUUCGUGCAUCGCUGCAGUGGCUUCUGUCUCUCCCUUUCCUUCGCCAAUCCCCUCAGGGGCAAUCAGCUCAGCGUCUACGGGAAAUGUUGCAGAAUGUUGGACGUGGAAAUGGUAAGGUCGGAGUGUAAUUUUGAUAUUAAAGGAGGCUCCGAGAGUGAGAUGGGGUCACUGUUUUGUGUGUGCCCCUUUUUCGUCAGCAAUCUUUCAUCGACGAAAUUUUCGGGAAACUUGUAAACACCAAGAGCCCACUUAGAGCGUAAACAACCCCUCAGGGUAUCUAAAAGAACUAAAGUCACGCUUUUACCGUAUCAUUAUGACACACAAUUAUGUGUUACAACGGGGCUAGUGGGGGUCUUAUAGACAACGUUAAUUGGCGAGUAAAUCAAACCCCCAGUUUACACUACAAUUAAACAAGCGAGAGAAAAGAUUCGCAUCCAGCCAAUCAGAGAGAGCUGGUUUUAAUUCGACUACUUUCAGAUUGAUGUUACUGUUAACUGCGGCUCCUUCAACAAGACUGUCCAAGUCCCCAGUGCCAAGGAAUGCGGUUGUUUUGAUUGUGCCUAG